AUGAGUCCUUGUGGCCUGCUUUGCUCCGGAAAGAUGGCAAAGCAGUUUUCGGCCACUUUCGAAUUCUUUAAAUUAUCCACCUUCGAGCAGGAACGCUCGAACGGGUCCAGCGUUGCAGCAUGCAAGGCUAAACUCGUACUGUUCUGGCGUACUUCCGCCUCGAAGGUGUCGCAGGCAACGCGACCGAAGUCACUGAGUUGGGAUGAUCCACAGGCCCCAACGCCGGUGGGAACAGACCUCGGCACGGUGGUCACACCGGCUCCCAUGGAGGAUUCAACUCCUUCUCCAGAGCGUGAACUUGCAACUGCAAGGUUGACCGGUGAGAAGGAAUUCUUGGACUCGCCAAAUCCAGCCACGGCACAUCGAAGUGUUCAGAACACGCCAGAGCCGACCCACUAUCACUACGGUAGCUUUGGUGGAGGUGCUGGUGCCCCGAUUUCAACACCCUCACCUUGUGCUAUGUCAGCUCUGAACAACCAACACUUUUUGGGAAUGCCGCGAUUCCCUGCAGAUGGUGGUUUGGUGAUGCCGGGGGUUGACCUCGACGGCUGUCGUGACCCAACGAGGCCGGUGCUGCCACCGCCCUUGCCGACACCGGGAGGUACAGGGCCAGCCAGUGACAUCGCCUGCCUGCCAUGUGAACGGUUUAAGCGAUUGCGAUGCACGCUUUUGCUUCAAGUGCUUCUCAGGGGAGCGCUCAGCUUCAUCUGGCACGCUGUCGAGGCAAAGCAGCAGCCUGAGAAACAUGCAGCUGGCACUCUGCUGUUGGGAGGAGCAUGUGACAAGAGGCCAAUGGCACCGGCAGAGCUUCCGACCUUCUGGCAGCUGAGGACUCAGGAUCAGCAGAUCGUACAUCAGAUGGCUGCCGCUGCCGCCGGAUACCAGGCUUAUCAGUGGGGAGCGGUGGCAGCAGCAGCUGCCCUGGGAGGCUUGCAAAGCGCUGGCUGGCGAGUCCCAGCAUGUCCGGGCGGCUGUAUGGACAUUCAAGCGCACUUGCACCAGAGCGCACAGGCCAAGGUCGGCGUUCCACCGGUGUUUACCAAGGAUGGUGGUGGAGGUGCAGCACUGGCUCCAGGGCCGGUUUAUCCUUCUGGUCCUUCGGUUCAAAGGAGCCCUGUGGCCAACGACAAGCUGCCGGAGGAGCAUGCUCCAACAACAGCAGAACCCCGCAAAGGCCGAGGGCGGGGUGAGGUUGAUGCCGCCCCUGCGAAUGGCAAGGGUGGCAAAGGCCGCGGUCCAAACGGGGCUGCACGUGGCAGAUUCGAUGCAGCGGCACUUCCCGCCGAAGCGGCAGAGUUGCUGGGGCAGGUCGGUCAGCUUUCGCGAAGUCAAGCAGGGAGCAAGUACCUACAGCGGCAGCUGCAAAAGGGACCAGGGCCGAUCAUGGAUGUCAUCCUCGCAGAAGUCGAGGAUGAGAUUGCGGGAAUGAUGUGCGACUCCUAUGGCAACUACCUAUGUAGCGCAGCAUUUCAGGCAUGCUCUCCCAGGCAGAGAAAGCGAAUCCUUGAGAAGCUCUCACCACAAGUUGCCGCCAUCGCCUGUGACAAGCGUGGCACGCAUGCGCUGCAGGCUCUCAUUGGCUUGCUGCAGCUCGAAGAGGAGCAGCAGCUGCUGAUGAACGCUAUCAAGAGCCGCGUCAUCGAACUUAGUAUGGAUCCAAAUGGUACACAUGUCGUCCAAAGGCUUCUUUGCUGCUUUGUCCCCCCAGUCACAGAGUGGAUCUACAUUGCCAUCAAUGAUCGAAUGAUCGAAGUGGCGCAUCACCCAUACGGGCUUUGCGUGCUCAAGAAGUGCAUAUCGCAGGCGAAAGCAGGCUCCAAGCACCAGGACAUGUUGUUGAAGCAGCUUGCCCGGCAUGCAAUGGAUUUAGUCCAGAGUCCUUACGGGAACUACGCGAUCCAGCAUGCACUGGAGGAGUGGGGAGGCAGCUGUUGCCAGCCGAUUCUGCACAAGCUGGAGGGCCGGAUGAUGCAGCUUAGCAUCCAGAAGUUCUCCUCCAACGUGGUUGAGAAGCUUUUCUGCUCGGCACCUGCGGACUUCCGCGACCGCUUCAUCGCGGAGCUCGUCGAAAGCGAGAAGAUGUCAGUUUUGGUCAACAGCAAUUAUGGGCACUAUGUUGCCAAGCGAGCUUUGCAAAUGGCUACUCCUGAGCAGAGUCGCGCACUCCUUGAGGCAAUUAAGGCCAACCUGUCGAUAUUGCCGAACCGUCGGUUGCGAGUGAAGUGGGAGAAGGUCAUGAGCGGGCAAGGUGAUUUCGAUGAUGAUGUGCCAGAGCCAGUGAAACCUGCCAUGCCGCACCCUGAAAAGGCUUCUGUCAAGCGCCGCAGUGCGAGGCCUCGGCGCGGGUGCAGAGCUGAGUUUUCUGCUUUGGCAUGGGGUGGAGGGUUUACGACGCUGUGCUUCUCACACCCUGGAAAAAACGAGCCGGAACCGCAGGAGAGGAGAUGUGGGAGUUGCAGAACAGUAGGCCCGGCGGCUCAGCAAAGUUUGCAGGAUUGCAGCUUUGGUGCAGAUGAUACAUAG